AAGUAGUCAGCCAUUGCAACAGAAAAUGUUUGUUUAUUUUUUCACAAUUUUGUUGAUUUAUUUCGCUUGGAAAGUGAGAGGAUACUUUUCGUUCAAUGAACCAGUCAACUUGAGUAAAUCCUCAACACCAUUGAUUAAAACCUCCAUCAGCAUUGCUUUUAUGUCUCAAGCUGAAAUCUUCAAUUACCUUCGUAGAAAUGCUGUCCAGUUUAACGGUUCCUACGUAAGUCGAUUCUUCGGAAUGUGGAACUUUCACGUCUGCAGCGCAAAGGAUGUCGAAAUCGUACUCGGAACAUCUAAGCACAUUAACAAGAGAAACAUUUACAAUUUUCUGCAUCCAUUUCUGAAGACUGGACUGUUGACCAGCAACGGUGAGAAAUGGCAUAAUCGACGUCGAUUGCUAACACCGGCAUUUCAUUUUGAUGUGUUGAAAGAGUAUUACGAAGUGUUUAAGGAAGAAAGCGACAAAUUGGUCUUAGCAUUGCGCGAAGAAGCAGGAAAGGAACUAAACAUUGUACCCAUUUCGACCCAGUUCACUUUGAACACAAUCUGCGAAUCAGCAAUGGGUGUCAAGCUUAGUGAUUUGGGUAACGACGGAAUUGUUUAUCGUGAGAAUAUUUACAAAGUGGGAAAACUGUUGUUCGCGCGACUGGUUCGACCGUGGCUACGUCUUAAUUUUCUGUAUUCGAUAAUGGGCUACAAAAAGCAACUGGACGAAGUUCUUGAACCCGUACUUGCAUUCACCGAAUCCAUCAUAAAGCGGCGGAGACAAAAUUUCGUAGGCGAUGAAUCUCCCACUGUAGAGAUCGAAAGCAAUGAAAAUAUUUAUUUUCGAGCUAAAAAGCGCAAGAGGUAUGCCAUGAUGGAUACUUUAUUACAGGCCGAACGUAACGGACUGAUUGAUGAGGAAGGAAUUAUUGAGGAAACGGAUACAUUUACUUUCGAAGGACAUGACACUACAUCAUCUGCAAUCACAUUUACUCUUCUUCUUCUCGCUCACCAUCCUGAAGUUCAACAGAAGAUAUUCGCUGAAAUCAGAGAAAUUCAAGGGACCAAUGCGGAGAUGACGAUGGAAGAUCUCAGUAAAAUGGAAUACAUCGAUCGAGUGAUCAAAGAAUCGUUGCGUAUUUAUCCGCCAGUUCCCUUUAUAAGCCGAGAACUGUCCGAAGAUUUCAUUCAUGACGGAUUCACACAGCCCAAAGGAAGCGCUUGCAAUAUACACAUUUACGAUAUCCAUAGAGAUCCCACUGCAUUUCCGGAUCCGGAAAAAUUUGAUCCGGAUCGCUUUCUACCCGAAAAUUGUGAAAAUCGGAGUAAUUUUGCGUUCAUUGCCUUUUCGGCAGGUAUGCGAAAUUGUAUUGGACAAAGAUUUGCAAUGCUGGAACUGAAGACGACAUUAGCGAAAAUCAUCACAUGUUUCGAAAUUGUGCGUGUUACCAAACGCGAUGAGGUUGUUUUUCUCGGUGAUCUUGUGCUCCGAGCGAAAGAUCCAAUAAAAAUGAAAUUUUUGUUAAGAAAUUAGAGGGGUCGUCGGUUGUUACCGGCAAUUAAAAAACGAAAAUGCUUGUAUUUUACUGAAAAUUUUCGGAGUCAAUUCCGAGUUAAU